AUGCUGUUGAUUUCAGAACAAGGUGGAAGGGGUGGGUUAGGAAUGAUUCAUUCUAUUGCUAUUCUGUGGGCAAUAUGGUGGCAGUGCAAUAUUAAGGUGUUUAAACAUAAGCAAUUGGCAAUAGAUCAAACUUUAUACUUGGUUACUGAACUUAUAUUGCAAUGGAACAAUGGAAGUGCAACACUCUUUACCUGUGUGGUGGAUGGAGCAUGGAAGCAGAGCACCGAAGUAGCUGGCCUGGCAUGGGUCUCUGCUUGGAUGAAGCUCAAGUGCAGGUGUCGCAACAAAGUGCUUUCUAUUUGGUUGUCUUCUCCUCUAUUAGCAGAAGCUAGAGCUCUUUUGGAAGCUAUCAAAUGGGUUGUCAAGAUGAAGAUUUGUUGCCUCUCUAUAUUUACAGAUUGUAAGAUUUUAGUCGAUAGUUUUGAGCAACAAAGCGAUCCGGAUUGGGAGGUUGCUUUGGUUGUCCAGGAUGUAUUGGCUAUAAGUAAACAAUUUCAAUUUCUCUCUGUAACUAAACAGGUUUCUGGUGGAGCCAGUGCAUAA